GGGCCAGUAAUAAUAUUGUUGAACCAAUGGAAGUGGAUGAUACAAGUGACAACAGCAGUCAGCAGGACAUUGUACAACCAGAUGAUGAUAUUGGAGACCCACAAAGACCUGCAAACAAGAACAAAAAAAAGAAUGUUCUUCCACCUUGUGGUCUGUGGUGCAAAAAGCAGUGCAGGGAAAAAAUAAGUAACGAAGAAAGAAACACAAUAAACGAAGAGUAUUGGAGAUUGACGUUGGAACAGCAGAGGGUAUGGCUACUCAGUCAUGUAGAAUCGUCUGCACCAAAGAGGAGGGAUCCUAAUAGCAUAAAUCCACGAAAACACACCUACAAAUAUUCCAUGAUUACCGAAGAAAAACAAACUGUGCAAGUAUGCCGUACAUUCUUCUUAUCAACAUUGGGGUUUAAACAUACAAGCAACUGUGUAAUUACUUGGCUUUUUAAACUUAUUGAUGGAAAGGGGAUUGGCGUAUAUGCUCCUAAAGAUAACCGAGGUCGACAUGGAAAUAAUCCUCACAAACUCACUGAAGAGAAGAAACAAUUAAUAAACAAUCACAUCAAAUCUUACCACCCAUGCAUUUCUCAUUAUCGUAGGGAACAUGCUCCCAAUCGCUUGUACUUGCCACCAGAUGUAACCAUCACGAUGAUGUACGAAGACUUUUCUGAAAAAAAUCCUGGCAUUUGUAAAUAUCAAAGCAAGCUACCGAAAAUUAGUUAAAGAUUUAAAUAUUAGCUUUGUUCG